CAGGGUUCUGAAGUGAUUUGGCUGAAUCUGCUUCCCCAUUUCACCCACCCUCCCUUUUAGCCCAUGCUUGGCCCCCACGGUGCCUCGCCCAGCUUCGUGUUUGUCGGCGCCCCACCUGGAAGCGCGACCGUUCGGGCCCCUCGACGGCAACGAAUACCACCCUCUGGAGCUCCCAAGCUCCGUGCCCUAAGCUGACUAGCUGACUUUUUCAAUACUUUUAUUUUUUCUGAAAUCUCUCGAAACGGACUGAAAUUACAACGAGGGCACGCAACAGGUGUUGAGCUCGCGCUCGCACUCUCACGCUUCCUUGUGGGGGGCUCACACACUCCUUGCUCUGGACUUUCCUGGACUCCUGGAUUGACGUGGGACUGUAAAGGGAUAUUUUUUUUUCUUUCUUUUUUGCACAACCGUAUUCUUUAACGACAAAAGGGAUUAUAUCAUAGACGUGAGGUCCCAACGUACACCAUGGCGGAGUCUGAAGCUCGGUACUCCUCCACCACCACCACCACCGUCAUCGAGAGCAAAAAUGGCGAUGCCAUGGGCUCAUCCCUCCGGGUGUCCAAGCGCUCCAUGACCGAUGACUUCUACAGCACCUUCAGCUCGCCCAUGGCCUGGGUCCUGGUACUGGCCUUGAUCAUCACCUGGUCCGGCGUAGCCAUCAUCAUGUUUGACCUCCUCGACACCCAAAGCCUGAAAGCCCAUACUUUACACUGUGAUGACCCCUGUUUGCCACCGGGACCGCGCGCCCCCGCUGUCAGAAAGGCACAUAAGGCAGCCAGCAGAGGGGGCAUUCCGGAUAUCACAGCCGCCGACCCGGUAAAAGUAAUGAACGAGGCAAUGGAAGAGUCCAGCGACUGGAUGAACACGUUUCUGGGUGUCGUGUCGAAUCUCUUCGCACCAGAGGAUGAGGAUGAAGGUGUCACGCCUCAUACUGUGAGAAAAAAAGCAAUCAAACCAAAAGCUAGAGAAUGGUUUGAGGAAGACGAUGAAGAGGAGAAGGAAACUAAAGGGGAAUUUCUCCCACCUCGAAAAAAAGUUACAGAACUACUGAGUGAGGGUGAUGAAGUGGAGGAUAAUGAAGAUGAUGACGAUGAAGGUCUUGGUGACGAUGCCGAUGAAGAGGGGGAGGAGGAGGGGGAGGAGGAAGAAGAUGAUGAGGAAGAAGAAGAGGAAAAUGAUGAUGAUGACGAUGAAGAAGAUGAGGAAGACGAGGAGGAAGAAGAGGAAGAGGAGGAAGAGGUUAAGGCAGCUGAGGAUGAGGAAGAUGAUGACGAUGAGGAGGAGGCAGCAGCAGAGGAGGAGGAGGAGGAGGAAGAGGAAGGAGAAGCAGAGGCUGCAGCAGAAGAGGAUGAGGAAGAUGAUGAUGAGGAGGAGGCGGCAGCAGCCGAUGCUGUGGCAGAGGGCGAGGAUGAAGAGGAAGGUGACAAAGAGGCGGCUGCAGCAGAGGAUGGAGAGGAGGAGGAAACGGCAGCAGAGGCCGCAGAUGAGGAGGAUGAUGAUGAUGAUGAUGAUGAUGAAGAAGCAGCAGGAACAGAGGCAGAGGAGGAGGAAGAGGAGGAGGGUGAAACUGAGGAAGAGGAACCCAAGGAAGAGGCAGAGGAAGCCCCUGAAGAAGCAAGCGAACCCGCCAAAGAGGAAGAGCCUGCUGCUGCUGCUGUUGCUGUGGCCACUGAUGCUGCGGCUGCUGCCGCCGCCGCCCUUGCUGCUGCUGACGCCGCCGCUGCGGCCGCUGCCGAUGCUGCUGCCGCCGCCAUCAAGGCUGCUGCUGCCGCCGCAGAUGCUGCCGCCCUCGUCACAGGAAGAGUAGCAGUGGCAGCGGCGCCUGCCACAGAAGAACCAGCUGCUGCUGAUGAUGAUGACGAGGAUGAAGAUGACGAUGACAAUGAAGACGAUGAGGCUGAAGCCGUUGAGGUAAAAGAGGAAGAGACGGCUGCUGCCGAAAUUGAUGAAGAAGAUGAUGAUGAUGAUGAAGAUGAUGAUGAUGAUAGUGAAGACAAAGAGGAGGAAGUUCCUGCAGCUGCUGAGGAGGAUGAGGAUGAUAAAGCUGAAGUUGAUACAGAAGAACUAGCAGCUGAUGGUGCCAAAGAUAAUGAUGAUGAUGAUGAUGAUGAUGAAAAAGAUACAGCUGCAGAAUCUCCUGCAAUUGAUACAGCAGCUGCUGAUGAUGGUGAUGGUGAUGAAGAAGGCAAAGAGGAAGAUGUUCCUGCAGCUGCUGAGGAGGAUGAGGAUGAUAAAGCUGAAGCUGAUACAGAAGAACUGGCAGCUGAUGGUGCCAAAGAUAAUGAUGAUGAUGAUGAUGAUGAUGAUGAUGAUGAAAAAGAUACAGCUGCAGAAUCUCCUGCAAUUGAUGCAGCUGCUGAUGAUGAUGAUGAUGGUGAUGAUGGAGAAGCUGAUUCAGCAAUUGAGAUAUCUGCAGCUGAUGAAAGCAAAGAUGAUGAUGAUGGUGAUGAUGAGGCUGAUGAAAUAACUGAACCACCUGUAGUAGAUGGUGGUGCUGAUGCUGUGGCUGCAGAUGAUAAUGAUGAUGAUGAUAAGCAUGAAGCAGAUGAGAUAGUUGAAACACUUGGAGCUGAUGACAGCAAAGAUGAUGAUGAUGAUGAUGAUGAUGAUAUUAUCAUAAAAGAUACUGAAACUAUUGACAUCAAAGAUGAUUCAGCCGACACUAAAGAUGAUGAUGAUGAUGAUGAUGAUGAUAAUAAACUGACUGAUGAUGUAGCUUCAGCUACCACUAGUGCAAUAGUUGAUGACACAGAUGAUGACAUUAGUAUCGAUGAUGACCAAAAGAAUGACCAAAUCAAAGAUGGAGAUGAUGAUGAUGAUGAUGAUGGUGAUAAUGAUGAUGAUGAUGAUGAUGAUGACGAUGGUACUGCUGACAUCAUCGAGCUAGAUAAGGGUGAGGAGCUUGCUGCUGAUGUUGGUGAAGAACCUUUGAAUCUUGGUGAUACAAGUGACGAGAUUGUUGACCAAGACAGUAAAACUGACACCACUGAAGAAGCAACUGACACCAUAGACGUAGAAUCUGUAGUGGAGGUAGUCACCACAGAGGAUUGUGGUAGUGAUGAUGAUGAUGAUGAUGAUGAUGAUGAUGAUGAUGAUACUGUUAUUAGUGACAGUGCAGAUCUAACAACAGAAGAGACUGAGGUUGACGCUGACAAAGACACAGCUGAUGAGACAGGUGACUCUGACCUUGAACUUGACCUUGACCUAGACAGUGAUGCGGCUGCUGACAAUAAAGACGUAGCGGACAGUGAGGUUGAUGUUACGGUUAAAGAAGCCAUCAAAGUUGAUGCUGAUGUUGAUACUGAUGAUGAUGAUGAUGAUGAUAAUGAUGAUGAUGGUAAUGAUGAUGAUGGUAAUGGUAAUGACAACUUAGCUGUUGCUACUGACAUUUCAGAUGUCGAUGAUGGUGAUGAUGAUGAUAAUGAUGAUGAUGAUGAUGAUGAUGAUGAUGAUGAUGAGGAUAAAGUUGACGAUCUAAAAAUAGUUGAAGAUGACCAAGAAAAAGAACAUGAAAUAGUCAUUGACAUUACUGAGGAAAAGACUGUGGUGGUUGAGGAGAAAGAGGAGGAGGUGGAGGGAGAAGAGGAAACCAAGGACGAGGAUGAUGAUGGUGAUGAUGAUGAUGAUGAUGAUGAUGAUGAUGAUGAUGACGAUCACAUCGCAAUAGCUCUUGCAACCACUGCUGUAGAAGAAGAUGAGACCAAGGAUUUGGAGGAUGCUGCUGACCAGCCAUCUCUGGAGUCAGAGAUAGAGAGACUGAGGGAGGCUCUCAAGGAGAAAGAAAAAGAAAAAGAACUGGACGAAAAAGAAAAAGCCAAAGAGGAGCAAAGGCCCGAGCCUGAAGAGGAGCCGGCGCCAAAGCCUGUGAAGGAAGUCAAAGAACAACCAGAAGAGCCUGAAGCUCCAGUGAAGAAAUCAAAGACAGAAAAAACAGAUAAACCCAAAUCUAAGGCUAAGCCUAAGGAGACUGAAGCCGGACCUGAAAAACUUAAGGCCGAGAAAGUGAAAAAGCCACCAGCAAAGAAAAAGGAAAAGAUUGCCAAGAAAGAUGAUAAAGACAAAGAUGGCCAUCUUGAAAAGAGAAAAGCUACUAAAGAAGCCAAAAAGGAGGAACAAAUGAAACAUACAGAUGAAAAAACUGCUAAAAAGGAGGAAAAGAUGAAGAGCUCUGAUGAUAAAAAGGCCAAAAAGGAGGAAAAGUUGAAGAAGUCAGAUGAUAAAAAUGCCCCCAAGGUUCCCUCUGGCAAAAAGAAAACAGACGUUCCAAAGAAAGCCAGCAUAUCCAUAAAGAAAGAUGCUGAUGCUCCCAAAAAGGCAGACCAGAAGAAACAUAAAAAGAAAGUGAUUGAGGUUCUAAAGAAUGUAACACUUAAUCCACAAAGGGACGACUUCAAAGAUGAAUCCAAGCCCAAGAAAGAAGUUGUGGUACCCUCCAAGGACGAGAAAACUGAAGAAGUGGCUCUGUCUCCGACUGAAGGUGCUCCAUGCCGACCAACACCAGUCUACUGCCCCUCGCCUCCAGGCUGGUAUGUGCAUCAUAUAGUCACAGACAAUCCAAAACCACCGGAAGUGGGCCCAGUUCCCCAGGUUCCAGUUCUAACGACAGUGUAUCCAACUGCUCCACCAGUACAUCCGGCUCCUGCCGAACCAGAAGCAGUUGAAAAAGAGAAGACAGAAGAGAAGAAAGAGCCUGCAGCCAAGGGGGAUGUGGACGAAGUUUGCAUUGUUAGGAGCGAGCUAGAAGACCUGAAAGAGAAGGCCAAAAAGAAAGAAACUGUGGAGGCCAAAGGGAUAACUAAGAAAGUUGCUAAAAGAGCACCCGAGGUGUCCAAAGACAAGGCCAAGUCUGCAGCUGUUAAAAAAGAGCCUGCGCCUGCCAAAAAGAAGCCAGUGAAGAAAGAAGAAGCUGCUCCCAAAGAGAAGCUUGGUCUGUUUCCAGCGCAGAGAGGAGUUGGUGUGAAGGAGGCCAAAACAAAGGAGCCAGCCAAACCAAAAGUCAAAUCUGUGGACAAAAAAGAAGACAAAGUGAAGGAGGAGCGGCCCACCGCUGAGAGUAAAUCUGACACAGAGGCAAAGACAGAGGCUAAGGAGGCAUCAGAAAAAGACGUCAAUGUGUCUGCCCCUGCGAAAGAGCCUGAGUCCACACAGACCCGAGCAGACCAGAAAAAGCCAGGCAAGAUCCCCUACUUCCAAUGUGUGGUGUACGGCGGCAAGAACAAGGGUCCCCAAGGCCCCGGUAUGACCCCAGCAAUGACCACAGCCAUGAGAGCAGCCAUGGAGCAGAGGGCCUCUCUCAUGGAGGCCAGAGCCAGGGCUGCGGGCCAGUAGGACCCAUAAUCAACCCAUCACCCUUCACCUCCAAGCCCAGGAAUUGUCCACUCCGAACCAACAGGUGGCGCUCCUCUCCUACCCUGACUGUGCGCCCUGUCAGCUGCUCUGAUUUUUGUCCCAUCCCCUUUCCCUUUGAUUUCAGUCAAUAGAUAAUGCAUUAAGGGACUGACAGCAGGGUGGAGGGUGAAAUGAUUAUACAUGUAAUCUUUUAAAUGAGUGGAGUUACUGACCGUUCUCAAGAGUCAAAAUAAUUUCCAAUCUAUAUAGGCACUGGCUUUGGUGUAUGUGUUUAUUUAAAGGCCUGAUGUUUCCUUAUUUUGUUAAAUACAUGGCUAUCAGAUUUUGCACCAACCAGUAUCACAAUGGUCCCACCUAGCUGUAUAUAAAGGGAUGUAAAAAGGAAAUAUUGCAAACCAGUUAUUUAUCUAAUUUAUUCAGAUAUCUUCAAUGAAAAGUUCUAUUUUUGAAGAGUAGAAAAGUAGUGUGAAUAAACAUAAUGUAUAUACCAUGAAAGAAUCUUAAUAUAUCAACUGGCAGUUUACAUUUGUGUUAACUUUACACUCAAUUUCAGUUGGAAACUGUGAGUAGAAUUGUUUCCAUUUUUCUUCACCUACUUAAGCUCAAACAUCACUUUGUUUGAAGACAUAUUAAUUGACUUUCAUGUUUGAUAUCUGUUUGCUCAGUGUUUGAUAGUUUGACCAUGAGCAUUGUAUCACUUUUUCACAGACACACACACACACACACACACACACACACACACACACACACACACACACACACACACACACACACACACACACACACACACACACAGCUCUUGGCUCCAAUCUCUUGCUUAGCCCCAGAGGUAAUGGGAUUAUGUAAAGUGUGUCUGUGUGUGUUUCAGCUCUGAUAUGGCACACAGGCUGCCCAGUAGCCUGCAUCUGGAAAGAGGCAGGAAGUGCCCUCGCAGGUUCUCUCCCUGGUUGACACAGAUUUCACUAUACUGUUGAAAACCCAUAUUAGGGGAUUUUUUAUUCCCCAAUUGGCCCUCUGAUUGAUUUAGGAGCAGUGAGAGAUGACAAAAUGACAUGGGGGACAAAAUGGGACAUAUCUGGCAACCUUUUUGAAAGUACAGGGGAAGAGAAUACGAGUGAGAGGAGGCUGUUCAUGAAUCUGAAUAACAUGUCACAAGAAAAGCCUGGGCACUGCUCAUUUCCUUACUUAUUUCCUUUGUUUUGUCUUCUGAGUAGAAUGUAUUUCUUCCCACAAACUCACACACACACACACACACACACACACACACACACACACACAUACAUACGCAUCUAUUGUAAAUCUGCCGUAAGGCAUGCAAGCUGGUGUCUGUUUUUUGUGCACCAAAGCUUAAAAUUAAUGUGAGGGUUUUUUUGUGUUUGAAAACAAACAGAUUCCUUCACGAUUAAACUGAAAACGAGCCCUCUCUCAGCCAGUACUCAAAAACAAAACAGAGCACCAGAACUGAGAGAGGUGAAGACCCAAGGGUGCUUGUGCACUCCUUUGACCAAGUUUGAGAGACAGUGUAUGUGCAAUCGAAACCAGCACCAUUUCUGUCCCAUUUGUGUAACUAGCUACUUAUUUAUUUUGCACAAUUGCAUAAAUGCAUUUUAUAUGUGGCAAAUGUGCCUUGUGAUACGUGAUGCCAUCACUGAUCAGUUUUGUCUUAUUCAGAAAUCGUCUGACUUGAGGUGGUGAUCAGUCGAGACUAUUACUGAACCACUGCAGGACCUAAACACCCAAGUGAGCCAAAUGGCUUCACUUGUUACGAAGCGUAGACCACAGCCUCUGUUGGAGAGACAUGUUUUUAGGCAUUCACAAGUCUAUCGUUUUCUUCUCUCAUGUAACCAUACAGAUGGCUGUAGAGAUAUAACAAGAUUGUAUAUUGUCUGCACAUACGACUUUCCCCCCAUCUUUCACCAGAACCUUCUGUUGUUGCCUGCCUGCCUGUCUGCCUGCCUGCCUGCACCGUUUGUGCGUGUGUGUAUGAGCGGCAUGUACAGAGACAGUCAGCUACAGCAGCAUGGCAGGCAGCUGGGAUGUAGGCCAGGGAGGUAAUCUGACUUUGAAGUUACAGAAUGAGCGACUUCCUCUCCUCCACCCCCACCCCCCCCCCCCCUCUACCCACCCAGCCCCCCAUCCAUCCCCCCCACCCCAAACCCAAUCCAACCCAGCCCCCCAGCUGGGGGAAGGAAGAGAGAACGUCAGAUGUACCAUGUGGCUAACGCCGAGCAGUGUGCAGACGCAGCGAUAGAGCUAAUAAUAAUUUAGGAUAAUUUCUAACUGCACUAAAGAUGACGCGAAGGACAGUCGGCCACUAAGAUUAGUCUGUGCGGCUCGACUACAAUGCCUAGUAGAUGGCUGCUAGGUGCCAGAGAAGCAUUGGCUUGUCUUUACUUAAGAUUCAAGAAGAAUAUCCUGUAUGUCUGUCUUCAGAGAUGAAGGACAGCUUCAUGAUGUGAUAAGAUGAGAGAGAUGGACCUUAUGUUUACAUGUCAUUAGAUGGGUGUCUGUUGGCAUCAGUUCCUAUAGGGUGGUAAACACUUUUACAAUACUCGUUGUUUUUGGUGGAAAAGCACUGCAACCUAUGAGGGCUUGUGUUGUCAUUCAACAAUGCCCCUCAAGAAGGACAUAUUUUAAUGACGCCUUUGUUCCUUUAGCUGUACAAAAUGCGUUGCUGCUUGUUUCGCAUGGUGCUUACCUUCAAAUUGCCUUUGUGAGCACGUCCACAGGAUUUAUGUCGCUAGAUGUGUCUACACUGAUGAUGAUUUCACUGGCAAGCUUGAACCAAGAAGGAAUAUAUUGUCAUAUAAUUUGCUAGUUUCAGUUUCAGUCUUCCUGAAGUUGAGAUAGACUAUGACAUUUUCUUCUUUAUAAAGUUAUUAGAGGCCUUACAUGUACUGAUUGCUUGGUGAAUGCUUGGUAAAAUAUACCGACCUAUAAGAAUGCAUUAUGAGCCCAUCUGUAAUUGUAAAGUAAUGAGACAUAGCCUUUGAUCCAAAUGCAUGAUUAAAUAGCUCACAGAGGCUCCCAAUUAAAUGUCUCCAUAUACCCCCAAACACCAGUGGUUUUGGGCCAAGGGCUAACUGUUUUUGGACUAAGGGCUGACUUAAACAUCCAAUAACAAGGAACAGGCUACACAUUUGAAAUAUAUGGUCUUUUACUAGAUUGCAUGCAUUAUUUUUCAGUUUCUGUUUUGUUUGUUGUACUUCUGACUAGCUAUAGGGGUAUCACAGAGAGUCAUGAUGGUUCACUUUUUUGAAAAUAUUUAUCUGUCCAUAUUGUCUAUGGCAUUUGCUUAAAAAAGGCUACUCUGGCCUGGAAUGUCAACACAGCAGUUUGAGCCUUAGCUAUUGCUCUUAGCUUUUUUCAGCUUUCUCAGUGUCUUCCAGGACUGGGGUACAAAAUAGGAUCAUAAAAGAUCAGCUAUAUAUUCCCUUUCAUUGUACUUGAUUGAUCUCACUAGCUAGUUGAUUUUACUAGCUGAUAUUUGUAACAACAGGUAGUCCUGCCUGCCACUCUCUUGCCUAAAAAAGUAACAGAAUUUGGAAACAUUUGGUGCCCCGGGAGUACUGUCGGUACAGGACGUGAGUGACAUUAAUGACUGGUAAAUCUCCGGCUGAGGGCUGCCGCGGGGAGAAAGGUGCAUAGCCUGCGGUGCUCUGGGAAACAUAGUUUUCUAAUGGGAUUAAUCAGAAGAGCUCCAUCUUAAACAUCCACAGAGGAUUAAAGCGACAUUAAGUGGCUUUUCCUUUUAAUGCAUGCAGUAGUUAAGUGGGGAUUUAGGGACGGACUUAAUGUUUAAAAUGAAUAUUUCUUCAUCCAAUCAUCUGCUUCUUUUGGUCACCAAUGUGCUGAACUGACGUUGUUAGUCAUGCUGGUAAAAUCUGCUUUGAAUAUGUAUAUGAUAGGUUUUGAUGGAUGUUUGUUAUUUUUCUCCCCUCGGAACUGUCACUGUACUGGUUUUGAAACUGAUAACAUCUUGAUAUGUUUGCACAAAGAACUGUUGUUUAUUCAGCAAUCUAACUAAAGAGCACAAAUGUUUCAACCCUAAA